AUGUCGAACCCCCACUACAAACUGUACCCAAAGAAACACGUCACGGUGAUCAAGGCGCCCUUCUCGGGCGGCCAGGGCAAAUCGGGUGUCGAGGACGGUCCUGAACAGCUGCUCAAGUCCGGCUUGCUGCAUCAAAUCGAGUCGCUCGGGUGGGAGUGCUCAGUUGCCGACCCGCUCGAGGGCUUGGACUCGGCCAAAAUGAAGGCCAACGUCGAGGACGUCUACGAACGGUGCAAGAGGCCGCAGAUGGUGAGCGAAUGCUGCGAGAGAAUCUACAAGGCCGUCGAGACGUGCCACCAGCAGGGGUCGUUUCCGCUGACCGUGGGCGGGGACCACUCGAUCGGGAUGUCGACGAUCACCGCUUUCGUCAACGCACACCCAAACGGAGGCAUCAUCUGGGUCGACGCACACGCAGACAUCAACACCUCGUCGACAACGUGUUCCGGGAACUUGCACGGCUGUCCUGUGGCGUUUGCCAUGGGCUUGGACAGGAAAAACUGGCCUCCGCAGUUCAAGUGGUUGGACGCACUCAAGACCCUCGUCAAGCCUGAGCAGAUCACCUACAUCGGCUUGAGAGACGUCGAUGCUGGCGAGAAGAAGAUCCUCAGAGACUUGGGAAUAAAGGCCUUCAGCAUGUACCACGUCGACAAAUAUGGCAUCAACGAGGUUGUGCGCAUGGCCAUGGAGGCCGUCAACCCAUCCGGCGAGAACCCAAUACAUUUGAGCUAUGACGUCGACGGAAUAGACCCAUUGUACGUCGCAGCAACAGGCACCCCCGUCAGAGGCGGCUUGACCUUGAGAGAGGGGCUCUUUAUCGUCGAGGAGGUGGCGAACUCGGGCAACUUGGCAGGUCUCGACAUCGUCGAGGUGAACCCCUCCUUAGCCACAACGGACAUACACAUUGUCGAUACGGUCAACACAGGUUUGUCCAUCGCCAAAUGCGCCUUGGGCGACACUAUCCUCUAA